GGGAGGAAGGCGGGUGUCGCGCGCUUCGGUGGGUCCGGUAUAUAUCAGAUCCGAUCAGAGAGUUUCUCGCGGGUUUCUCUUCUUCAUCAUGGCGCGUUGCGUUCCUCCUGACACCGGUUCCGUUCCGUCCCCGUGAUGCGCGUGAUGAGGAUGAUGGUGACGGAUGAAAGAUGGAGAAACUAUCCGCGAGCAUUAACGGACUCUCGUGGAGUUCCGUGUCGCUGCCGCUGGACGUGGUCGUGAGCAAAUUCCGCUUACCGACGCUCGUGCGGCUGAGCCACGGUGAGAAUGUGGAGGGUUUAUCAGAGGACGACGUGAUAUUGCUUCACUCCUGCAGACAGUGGACUACCGUCACUGCCCACAGCCUGGAGGAGGGUCAUUACGUGAUCGGACCCAAAAUAGACAUCCCACUACAGUAUCAAGGGAAGUUUAAGUUACUGGAUCAAGAUCGGGAUGUACGUGAGCCAGUUCAGUAUUUUGGAAGUGUGGAAGAAAUUGCGAGAAUCUUUCCCGAUCGUGUGUUCGUCAUGGAGCCCAUCACGUUCAGCGUUAAGGUGGUUUCUGGGGAGUUUACAGAAGACAGUGAGUUAUAUAACUUCUCUCUGCAGACAGGAGAUGAAUUAACUCUAAUGGGCCAGGCAGAACUGCUCUGCGUCCAAUCAACUCGAGAGAAAUCCCGCCUAACCACUCUGCUACGGCGAUUGGGCAAGGCAAGUGGAGCUUUGGGACAUCCUGUCCGCACAAAGAUGCCUUGUUUGAUAUGCAUGAACCAUAGGAACAAUGAGAGCGUCAGUUUGCCAUUUCAGUGCCGUGGGCGCUUCUGCACACGCUCACCGCAGGAGUUGCAAAUGCAGGGUGGCGAACAUACUGUACGCAGCAUCAUCGAGCGCGUACGACUGCCUGUGAACGUAUCCGUGCCGUCACGACCUCCUCGAAACCCGUACGACCUGCACGCGAUCCGUGAGGGCCAUCGUUAUAAACUUCUCAGCAUCAUCAGCAAAACUGUUGUUCUAUGCUGCAUACUACGCAAAGAGGAAGUUACUCCAUCUCACUUCCUGUUAUUAACGGACAUGCCGCGAUUUACUCUGCCAGAUGGUCUUUUGCCUGCGGAUGCUUCCUACCAGCAGGUGGUGCUACAGUGUGCGUUGCUGUGUCAAGAGAGCUUCGACCCAGACGAUUACUCGCGCGCAGUGCGCGAAGUGAAGACGGAUUUCUCAGAGGAGUGUCUGAGCCCACGGCGGAUUCGGGUUUGCGUUCAGGGUUACGGGCAGGACGAGCUUGGGACGUCCUUACAGAGACUGUCUUUGUGCGUGUAUGGAGGCGGAGCAGUCACACACACGCACACAAUUUCACACGGCUGCAGAGACUCGCUACUCGACGCACAAACACUGCCCUCUAGUGACGGUGAUGGAGAAGAAGGAGAAUAUGUCACGGCUGAUUGGUCGACAGAGACGCAGGAGAUUCCGUACGAGGAGCUUUGGACCAAUCAGAGUUCGGGAAGCUUUGGUGUGACUUCUGAGAGCGGUGUGAAGGCGGAGCAUAACCUCAUAUCAUUUCACUCCACUACCACGUCAUUGGAUGGAACAGUGGGAUCCACCCACGUUGCCAUGGUGCAGAUGGAAGCAGGAAGAGUGUCCAGAGUAUCGACUCCACCCCCCGUCCCACCCAAAUCAGAAGCUGUGAAAGAGGAGUGUCGUUUCUUAAACGCUCCUCCUGUUCCUCCCCGCUGUACUAAAGGACCCAGCCCUCCAGUCCCGCCCCGUUUCCCUAAAACCCCACCCACACAAACACUCAGCCCAAACCUCUCUUUUUAUUCAUCUGGACUGCAAGAGAGUUCUGCUCCUCGUAGUGGUAGCAGCUCUCCGUCACCAGACUCUUAUUCUCUCUACUGUUACCCAUGCACUUGGGCCGACUGUGUGACCUCUGACCCCGGCGUAAGCCCUGAUCCCGCCCAGCCUGCACAGGCCUGUUGGUCCAACCCCAGAGGAGGCGGGGCCUACACCUCCAACAUCCUAAAUACACCUCUUCUGAGCACUGACUCUGCCCAAAAAAACUACUCCACCUGUCCCAGGCCACGCCCGGUGGCGCAGAACCGCUUUGCACCAUUUGGCGCUCUAAACCCUUUUGCCAAUCCAGGACACACCCACAGCUCCUCUGACUGGCACACUACUGGUAGGAACUCCCCCACUCUGAUAGCUGACCUCAUUAGCUCCACCCCCCAGGAGCCUCAAGCCAAUCAGGGAGGUUCAAAGGCAGGUCCUGAGCCUCCGCCCAGAGAUCCAUUGAUCAAGAGUUCAGAAGAGGACACGGUCACGGUAAACCACGCCUCUGGAUCGGUCACCAUGGCGAGAGGGGCCGAGGGCGGGGCUGGGUCGUCAUGGCAACCCCCAGCAGAGCUGUGCUGGCUCUCUGUGGAGGAGGUGUCAACCAGUUUGCGGUUCAUCGGCCUUUCGGAUGACGUGGUUGGUCUGUUCAGCCGAGAGAGAAUCGAUGGCUCUAUUUUCACUCAGCUGACGGAGGAAAUUCUAUCUGAGGACUUUAACCUCACAAAGUUACAGGUCAAAAAAAUCAUGCAGUUCAUCAAGGGAUGGAGACCUAAAAUAUGAAGAGUGUGGGAAUGUGUGUGUGUGUUUCCAUUGGAGGCUAAGUCAAUGAAAGGGCAGUGUCCUCGUAUUCCGAUGAAUUUUAGGAUGUUUUUAUCUUAGGGGUCAUUCCUAUCAUGUAGUACAGUUUCAUGUCUCAAUAAUAUAUGUCUUAAAAUAUUAGAUAAAAUAUUAAACACUAAAUUUUUAUAAUUAUAUCACAAUUAUGAGAACAUAGGGGUUAAUUUUAAAUUAUUUCAGAAUGUAUUCAUUUUUCUGGCUUUCUAUAAUAGAAAUGUUUUAAACAAAAUUGUUUCUAUUGGACACAUUGUUUUAAUAGGUACUGUAUGUCCUCAAUAUCACUUUCCAUUCUGUUAGUCUUUUAGAAUACCUCUUUAACUAAUAAAAGUUGUUCCUUAUAACACCAUCCUCCAGGAAGUGACAUACUUUUUGGUGGGAAAACAACAGACCAAACAUCAGUAAGUAUUAGCAAUGAAAUUCAUAAAUUAUGUGAUAUUUUGUAGUAUUACAGUUGUUGUUUUUCCAGAUGGAUAAAAAUAUCAAAAAGUCAUCACUGCCUUGUAAGUUCAUUUUUAAUAGUAAGCUAACUCUAACUUUAGCUUUUUAUUUCCAUCUUGUUAGGAUGCUUGUUCAUUUUCUUGCUAUUGUGUAAUUAAGUUAUAAUGAAUAACGUUUAAGUGCCUGAGCUUGAGCAGAGUAUAUUUCUGAAAGUCUGGUAUAACCUUGUAGAAACACAAGCAUACUCCUUUUUUUAAAAAGUUAAAGAGUCCAAAAAGUACUGCAUAACAGGAAUGACGCUUGAUUAUUUCAGACCUCUCUGAUAGAAGGACUAAGAGAUUGUGACUAAUAUAUAAUAGAGCACUAUUUGAUGUUUAUGUUGUUCUGAUUGUUUAUUUUGGUGUGGGAUGGUUUUGCAUGGCUUCAGUGGACAGUCAGAGCUCAUCAGACGGUUGUUCUGCUGUCUGUCAAGAGAGUCUGAUCUGUGUUUUCAUCUCUUUAAUCUGUUUUCUAUUAUUUUCCUCUCUGUUUCAGUUAAAAUAGCACAUGACUGCAGUUAUUAUUACCGCUGCUGAGAUUUAGGCCAGAAACACAAUCUACGCAAUUACAACAGUCCCGUUAAACAUACUUAUUGUGCAUUCUUACGUUACUGUGGUGCUAACAAACCUCAGUACCCUAAGGGCUGAUAAAGUUACCUUCAAAUAAACAUCAUGUGAAUGGCAAACUCAGUUGAGUUUUAAUCAUGUGCAGGAUAUGAAUUAUAGAUAUUAAUUUUACUAGUUAAAAUGCUCAUUUUUGAUAUAGGUUAAGUUUGCAGUAGUAAAAUCGUUAAUUCUUAAUAUAUAAAAAUAUUC